GAAAAAAAGAGACUUUUGUUUCCCUUCUUUUUCCUUUCAACCCCACAAUCAAAAAUUGAAAACCCGGGGGUUUUGGUCUUUCUUCUUCUUCUUCCUCCCUUUUCCCGUUGUUUUUGGUUGCAAAACUCACACUUCUCUCACUCCUAAACGAGAGGAAGAAGAAGAGAGUGUAGUUGUAGAGAGAGAAAGAGGAGGAGAGAGAAAAUAUGGAUUGUUUCGAAGCAUUGCACUCAACAGGAGGAGGAGAUGGCAACCAAGAAUCCAAAAUUAAAGGAGUGAUGACACACGGGGGUCGUUAUGUUCAGUACAAUGUCCAUGGCAGCUUAUUUGAGGUUUCUUCUAAGUAUGUUCCUCCUAUUCGUCCCAUUGGCCGUGGCGCUUCUGGCCUUGUUUGUGCUGCUGUUAAUUCAGAAACACACCAUGAAAUUGCUAUCAAGAAGAUUGGUAAUGCAUUCGACAAUAUAGUAGAUGCAAAAAGGACACUGAGAGAGAUCAAACUACUUCGCCAUAUGGAUCAUGAAAAUAUUAUUGCGAUUAAGGAUAUCAUUCGACCACCAAAGAGAGAAGCAUUCAAUGAUGUUUACAUUGUUUAUGAACUGAUGGAUACUGAUCUUCAUCAGAUAAUUCGCUCUAACCAAGCUUUGACUGAUGAUCAUUGCCAGUACUUCUUAUAUCAGCUCUUACGUGGCUUAAAAUAUGUACACUCUGCAAAGGUCUUACAUCGCGAUCUCAAGCCCAGUAAUUUACUUCUAAACGCGAACUGUGACCUAAAGAUUGGAGAUUUCGGGCUGGCUAGGACCACCACUGAGACAGAUUUUAUGACUGAGUAUGUUGUAACUCGCUGGUAUCGAGCUCCUGAGUUGCUCCUUAAUUGUUCGGAAUACACGGCUGCAAUUGAUGUCUGGUCUGUUGGUUGUAUAUUUGGUGAAAUCAUGACAAGAGAACCCUUGUUCCCAGGCAAAGAUUAUGUUCACCAACUAAGGCUUAUUACUGAGUUGAUAGGGUCACCAGAUGAUUCAAGCUUAGGAUUUCUGCGAAGUAACCAUGCGAGGAGGUACGUGAAACAGCUCCCUCAGUACCCCAAGCAGCAGUUCUCAGCAAGGUUCCCUAACAUGUCUCCAGCAGCCACUGAUCUGUUAGAGAAGAUGCUUGUCUUUGAUCCCAACAAACGCAUUACCGUGGACGAGGCACUGUGUCACCCACACUUAGCCUCUCUCCAUGACAUUAAUGAUGAACCCAUCUGCUCAGCACCUUUCCGUUUUGAUUUCGAGCAAACAUCCUUGACAGAAGAGAAUGUCAAAGAGCUUAUCUGGAAGGAAUCAGUCAAGUUUAACCCAGAUCCAGCUCAUUAAGUUAAAAAUGGAAGGACAAAUUGCUUUGCUUCUGCUACAAAAGGUAGUUUCCUGCAGUUUUUACUCCUGGAUACCCUGCUUAUUCGUGGAGGAGACCGCCUUUUUAGAUAAAUUGAAGCUGUUUGUCAAGAGUCAGCAUCCAGUUCUUUCACUCCAAAAUGUCUGCCAAAUUUGGAUUAUGUAUUUAGCUUUGGUUCCCUGUAAAAGAAUUAAUGAGAUAGUAGGAAAAAUAAGGAAAUCGGAGUACCCUAUAGCUAGAAAUUAGAUUAUGGACAAUUAUAUGACCUCUUAAAUACUUUUAAUUCAGUUAUUUUAGUUUAUUUUGUAUAACUUGUUCAGAACCUCUUGACUCUGUAUAUUUACUCAAGUUGAAUACAUUCUCUGCAUUCAACCUGUA